ACCAGAAUAAAGAGGAAGAGAGAGGCGAUGGAAAUUGUAUGGCAAACUCCGGCGAACCCACCGGAGCGCCACGAUUAUAUCUUCCGAAACGGUAUACGCUAUGUGAGACCCUACUACUUCGAGUUCAUUUGUCAUGUGAAGAAUCGGUGGGCGGGGAAGACCAUUGUUGAUAUGUUCGCUGAAGAAUUUAAAGGCCGACCUCGUGAUUACUAUGUUUCGGCUGUUAAAUGUGGGCGGAUACAAGUUGAUGGACAGAAAGUGCAUGUUUCAUACAUAGUUCAGCCAUCGCAAAAAAUAAGCCAUUUCUUGCACAGGCAUGAACCACCUGUGAUGGCGCGGGAUGUCGCUGUUCUCCAUGAAGAAGCAGAUGUGCUAACUGUAUGUAAGCCUGCUUCUGUUCCGGUGCAUCCAUGUGGACAAUAUCGUAAGAACACAGUUGUUGGCAUCCUUCAGGCGGAGCAUGGCUUGGCACCUUUAUUUCUUCAUAGACUAGAUCGCUUGGUCUCAGGACUUCUUAUAUUGGCUAGAAGUGCUUCUAAGGCGGACCUUUUUAGGCAACAGAUUGAAUCAGGGAUGGUGCAGAAACAGUAUAUUGCUAAGGUCAUUGGCAUAUUUCCUGAGGAUGAGCAAGUUGUGCAUGCAAAUGUAAAUUACAACGCUAGAGAAGGGAGGAGCACAGUGGAGGUGGGGGAGGUUUGCAAGAACAGCAAUACUCUGCUGAAGGGAAAGGCUGCUUGUACAAAAUUUACAAGAAUUUGUACGGAUGGGACUCAUAGUGUCGUUUUAUGCAAACCAAUCACCGGAAGGACACAUCAAAUACGUGUCCAUCUGCAAUAUGCGGGUCAUCCCAUAGCCAACGACAUGCUCUACCUCUCCGAAUUUGUUUCUGAUCGUUCUACUGAAGGAAUGAGUGCUGAUAGAGCUGCAGCUAAUUUUGGCCCCUCUCGAAAAUCCAAUUCUCAUAGAGAUUGUAUUGAUGAAUCUGCAGGGAAGUCCAGUGAAGAUUUCAGCUUUGAUCCUAUGUGUACUAAUUGUCCAGAUUUGGCUCCCAAAGGGUAAGCAAUUUUUCUCAGUGUGAUUUCUUGUGGAAUAUAGAAAUCAGUUCUGAGUUGGAUAUUUUCUAGCCUUCCAGGUUUCUGUGCAAUGGAAUAGAGUGUGUACUCAUUCUUUGUUGUUAAUAAUGUAUAUGAUAAAACAUCACAAAAUAAACUUAAGCUUCAAUGCUAUUGGUAAUCCAGAUGAUAUUAGUGAAAAAUAAUGUUUUCC